AUGGCUACUGAGGAAGCAGGGAGUGCACACAAGCACGUCUCUGGGUUGCAGCCUGAUCAAGAUGGCCACCAAGGAGGCCGGAACAGAACCGCCACGGAGGUCUCUCCGCUUAUUUCAACGGCUCCGGCGCUCACGGAGACACGCGUGUUGAACCCUGCUGUGGAACAUCCGGAAAGUUCCGAUCCAAACCCGAAAAACUCCGCCGUCGAAGAGGUUGCUGAGGUUGCCUCCAUCAACUCCAACCAUUCAGACAAGGACUGGCUCAGCCAUGUGAGCUCGUUGCUGUUGUGGGCACUGCCGCUCAUCCGGUUGUGUAUUCUUUUGUUUCUUGCCGGUGUGGGAAUCACCGUAUCGCAACCUUCCAUGGACGUUAUCUACUAUAAAUUGGCGUGCCAGAGUCUCAUGAAGAAUAGUCUUGCUCCACCUGCCGAGUUCCGCUGUGACCCUGUCCAAUCGCAGCAGAUCGUGUCCACGUACCUCAUGUGGGACAAUAUCGUGCAACUGGCGGUUUCGUUGGCCACAUGCACCAAGGUGAGUGCUCUUUCGGAUAUCUACGGUCGAAAGCCGUUCCUCACCGCUUUUAUUCUGUGCUUUUGCGUGACAUACUAUAUCUAUUAUUUCCUCAUGCUGACGUCGCUGGGCUUCCCCAUGUGGGGUUUGUGGGCUGCUACGGCGUUAGGUUCAUGCACUGGAGGCCUGGCUGCCUUCAUGGCGCUUUUUAAGGCGUACAUUACCGAUAUCACCGUGGCGCUGGAGCGUGUCAGUGGCAUCAGUUUCUGUCUUGUUUCCUUCACUGCAGGCCAGCUUGUGGGGCCGCUUUUGUCGUCAGUCUUGCUUUCCCACGCUAGAAGGAACGAGAAGAUUCCCAAGAUUCCUCGUGUUUCUGAUCCCUCUAUUGCGUCGUCUUUUGCAGUGGAUCCCGCUAAUUUGGUGCCCCGUUCGGAGCUCGUGCCGCUCAAAGCAAGCCUAUUCAUAUUUACCUUGGCGGCGAUCUUCUGUUUUGUUCUUCUUCUCGAGCUGCGCUCUGAGAAGUCCAGAAUGAAGUCCAGAUCGGCCUCUGUCAUCCUGCUUCAGGCUCCAAGGCCCCAUCUCCCCACAUUGUCGUCCAGAAUCUGGCACGGCUUCACCAGCUUCAUUGAGCCUCUUCAGCUUCUUACGUUCCCCACCAAACUACGCACUGAGGAAAACGCCCACAACUUCAAGAAAAUCCGCUUGUGUGUUUUUCUUCUUUCCAUAGCCGAGCUCUUUUUCGGCGUCACCAUCUUGCUGACCAUGAUUGUGGAGCCGCAGUACACCAUCUACAAGUACGAGUGGGAUUCGGUGACGAUCCUGAAUUUCCUGAUGGGCCGGUCGGUGGCCCAGAUCUUCGGGUUGGCGGUGUUUUUGCCCCUAGUGUACAAGCACAUUUUCCCCAGAUUCAAGCAUCUUCGUCCCGUUGCAAACACCUUUGAUGCUGCUGAUUCCUGGGUCAUGGGAAGCGGAAUGUUUUUAUACGCUUUAGACCAUCUAGGCAAAGCGUUUGCACCUACAGGAACCGUCUUCGUCGGACUUGCCUUAGCUGGCUCUUUGGCUACUGUAGUGGGUCCUGUGGCAGCAGCGGCUCCAGUGAAAUUUUUCCCAUCCUCCAAAGUUGGUGAGUUCUACGGUGCUCUUGCACUCGCUCAAGGGAUCAUCAGCCUUGUUGCUCCCAUGGUGGUGACAAGUUUGUAUACCCACGGUGUCAAGCACGGCUUCCCAGGAUUGUCUUACAUUUACACUGCGCCCGACAACUCCACCGUGUUGGAGCACGCCGCUGAUGACACCUAUACUGCACUUGACAACGAUGCCGAACACAUGGAUGAAGAUGCAGCCUGGCUUCGGGAACAGAGAGAUUCCAAUAAGAACUUGCACUGGCUCAAGAGGCCUUCGGUGAUUAUGUUGGGUAUUUGUAUCUGGAUGGCUUCAGCUUCUCACACAAGCGGUGAAGGUACGCGUCAGGCGUUGACUUUCAAGUUGGCGUGUAACACGAUUUCAGAAGGUUCAGGCACUUGUGAUUCCACAGAGACUCAGUUGCUUGUAUCGAAGCUCCAGCAGUACUAUGCUGUCUGUCUGGGAGUUAUCACGAUGUUUGCUUCAGGAAAAGUCGGCCCGCUUUCGGACCAGUACGGCCGUAAGGCGUUUAUGUUGGCUGUGGUGAUUGGCUUGUUCUUGGGUAAGUUGCUGAAACUUAUAGUGAUGCUGAGCUUCAAUGAGUUGCAGUUCACGCUUAUGGUGCUCACGGAGGUGUUGCAGAACAUUGGCGGUGGUAUAGUGUGUUACGUGACGUUGGCAUCGUGCUACGUUUCUGAUAUUGCCGAAACCCACCAGAGAACGUACUUUUUGGGUAUCAACAUGGCGGCGCUUUUUCUUGGUUUCUCUAUUGGGCCGCUUAUCGGUAACGCCUUGUUGAGGUGGGGCACGGGAGGCGCUGAUUCCAAGGAAGCCGCUAACACCAUCACUCCAGGCGAGUUCCUCCCAUUGAAGUUUGAAUUGUGCCUUUAUGCUACCUUGAUGGUGCUUUUGGCCUUUGUCUUGCCAGAAUCUCGUUCAGAAAAGGCCCGCCAGAAGUCUAGAUCGCUCUCUCGCUCACUGCUGAUUGCCCUGAUUCCUCAGGAAAGCCUGAUCACCGCCAAAGGCUCGAUUUUGCUUAGACAGCUCAACUUCUUGCGUCCUGUCAGACUCAUCUUCUACCCCAAGGACUCUGUGCCAGCUUCUAGACACCGCUCUAUUCGUGCCUACAGAACGGCCGUGGUGGUGCUUUUCUUCACUGAGUGUAUCAUGGUUUCGCUCGUCAUUCCUCUUGGUGAGAUUUUCAUUCUCUACGGUAUCUGGAGAUUCAAAUGGGGCGCCACCGACAUUGGCCACCUUCUUGCCGUUUCCAGUUCCUCGAGAGCAUUCAUGCUUAUCGUGCUUUCGCCAAUCAUCCACCACAAGUUCUUUGAAGGGCUUCUCAAACUCAAGGUUCACCAUAAAUACCUCGAUGAUGUGGACUUUGGCAUGAUCGCGCUGGCGUUUGCCAUAGAGAUAAUCGGCAUGGCGUUGCUUUCGAUGGCCGGCUCGGGCGGCAUUUUCUUGAUCUGCUUGAUCUUCACCUCCUUUGGCACUUUGGCUGGUCCAGCUCUCAAUUCUGCCAUUGUCAAAUUCUACCCUGAGCUGCGAAUUGGAGAGGUUUUUGGCGCCAUGGCGCUUAUCAAAAACACGUUGGGAAUUGUGGUCCCUCUUUCGAUGUUGGCGCUUUACAAAUUUGCCUUGAAGAGCUGGCUGUUCCCACAGGUGGUGUUCUUGUUCAUGGCCGCCUGCUUCUUCGUUUUCCUUCUUGCGGUUUCCUACGUCAAAUGGGUGCUUUACAAGGAGCACCAAUACUUGGCCUUGCUGGGAAGCUCGCUUACUCCAUCGUCAUCCUCGUCGUCUCUUUCAGCACUCAACGAGGGUUCAGAUUCAGAGACGCCAAGUGCUCCAAACACGCCAAAACCAGACAGCACGCCCAGAAGGUCGCUGUCGCCCAACCAUUCCCGCAACGCCAGUUUCUCCGUUUAA